AUGUAUAGAGAUGUAAGUAACUUUGUUCGUACUUGCACGGUCUGCCAGCAGUGCAAGGUAGAACAAGCGUUACCCGCUGGGUUAAUGGGUCAGAGAAGAGUCCCUGGACCCUGGGAAAUUGUCGCCGCUGACAUUAUGGGUCCGUUCCCCCGGUCGACUCAAGGUUACCAAUACAUCCUCAUCUUCUUAGAUGUUUUCACGAAGUGGAUCGAAGUCAGCCCAAUUCGCAAGGCGGAUGGAAAAACGAUCCGGAAAAACCUAAAUGAACGUGUUAUUCUACGUUUCGGAGUGCCCGAGGCAUUUUUAUCUGACAACGGGACGGAAUUUCGAAACAAGGUGCUAGCCCAAUUUCUUAAAGAACUGAGGAUACAACAUCGAACUAUCCCACCGUACCACGCUCAAGCCAACCCGGUAGAACGUGUCAAUCGCACUUUCAAGACAAUGAUUACGACGUUUAUCGAAGGUGAACACAGGUCCUGGGAUAAACACAUUCCCCAACUAAUGUUUGCAUACAACACGGCUAUCCAAGAGACCACAGGUGUUAGUCCGGCCUUUCUAAAUUUUGGACGGUACUUAGAGCCACCCCACAACAGCCGCCGAGCAGAAGAGAUUCUCAAGAAAGAAGAGGCAGAAGAACAAGCCAUCAAGGACUGGGAAGAUAGAAUACAACGUUUGUUGGAUCUGCAAGUCCGUACAGCGAGACACGCACAGAGAGCUUCUGAAAAACAAGCAACUUACUAUAACGCGAGACGCAGACAAUCCGAGUAUCAGGUCGGUGACCUAGUCUGGAAGCGUAAUCGCAGUCUUUCGUCCGCUCUAUUAGGCAUAAAUGCGAAGCUCGCGCCGAAGUUUGCUGGCCCAUUCAGAAUUACGGCCAAAAUUGGACAAGAUGUGUACACCCUCGAGAACGACAAAGGUGACAAGUUCGAAAAGAUACAUGUAGUCGAUUUGAAGAAAUAUGAGGACGACGAAGACCCAUCGAGCGACGAAGAACCAACAGACACCGCAACGACGACUGCGAAUCCACAAGAUGUUGCCCCGGCUUCGACUAAUACGUCUGUAAACGUGGAAGCGCCACGUAAGCGAGGUAGACCGCGGAAGACGCGCAUCGUUGUUAACCGUGCGAUAACUAGAGUCACGCGCGGAAAGAAAACUAGCGAACCACCUCCUAGUAUCGAGAAUGAGGAGAUGAUGGCGUCAGACCCCAGCUGGAUCAGAGUCGUGGAGGGGGGCCGAACCCGCUGGGUUCAGAUAGAGGAUCUGCCUCUACCACCGACUCCUGACAGCACCACGUCGGCGGGCGCUACGCCCUCCACUACGGCAAAGACCCCCUCGACAGACCACGGCUCCAAUGCACCAGCGCCCACGAGAACACCCGAGGAGGCCUGGGAGGCCACCAAGAACCAGCUGGAGCAAGCCAGGGCGCUGAAGAGGGAAGCCCUCAAAGCCGAGGAGGAAGCCUUCUUGGCUCUCGACGACUUCCUGGAGGAGUUCGGGGAGGACGGCCGUGCGCUCGCGGGUAACUACCCGAAGCUAGUGGCGGACGAGCGCGACGUCAGACGCCGCCGCCAAGAAUACGUCGAGGGGAGGAAAAAGCGCCGCGCAGCCGAGGAGGCCAAGGAAGCGCUUCAGCAGCGCAUCGAGGAGGGGACCCGCUUGGUUGAGGAGCUCAACCAAGCCUACGAGGACCGGCGACAUCUCGGUCACCCUCCCCCCAAGCUCCUGGAAGAACUGCGACUCGCUAGGCUCAACCUAGCGCUGUUGAAGGGAGAGAAAGCAUCGCAGUGCUACAUCUGCGGUAUGCUAGGCGUGGAGAGGGGCAGAGAAUGCCCGAACGCCCGGAACCACGGGAAUUAUCUGCGCCUCGCUCGUCAAGCGGCGGGAAGAAACACCCUAGAAUAA